CAAAAUUUUGGAAUUUGAUUUCGUCGACGAUUUUACUUUACUUGAAAAAAAUAGUAGUACCUAGUUUAUUAAAUAACAUACUGUGAAUUUGAAUCGUAGUGUGUUUUGGUUCAUAAGAAAAUAUAGUAUUGUUUAUUGGUGCGAUAGAAAAGGACAUGUCCAACAAGAAUGUUGAAUUUUCUAACCCUGAGAAUUUGCCAGUGGAGAAACUAUCAAUAUCCGUUAAAAAUGCGGGCGUUAUCCAGGAAAUCAAAGCUCUUGACAAAUACUGGGUGGAGAUACGUGAGCUGACGUUGUACGAGCGGCCACCGUCUGGCAGCCACAUGUUGCUGGGCGCUGUGGACGCGUGGAAGCUGAAGGCCGAGGCUUACAUCAGCGACCUCAAGUGGUUGCUUAGCUUGGAGUAUCAUAAAUUCUGGAGCACAGUCCUGUACCACUCCCAAGUCAUGGACGCACUGGUGUCGUUCCUGCAGGAAGCCUCACCACCUUACGCGCCUCCGCUCGAGGGACGGGACGUGCAGAAGACGUAUGCUGAGGCGAGACGUUUGGUGCUUGUCGUGUUUAGUCGGCUAGCUACCAAUAAGGAGAGUAAGUCCCAAUGGAUGAGCAAGGAGUUCAUGGCGGAGACAUUAUACAACAACUUCAUCUUCACGAUCCCCAUCGUGUGGGACCUGUGCCUGGUGUAUGGUGCGGACAACCCGCGCCACGUGGCCAGGCUGCUGGGCUGCGUGUUCAGCAUACAGCCCAAAUACGAAGGGGACACUGCUGCCGCUGUCGCCUUUGUUAAAGAGGCUUUCAAAUACAUAAUACUGCAAGUGAACAAAAACUACGACUGCGAAGGCCCUCCGAACCUUCCAGAAACAUUCAAAGGUUUUGGAGAGAUCCGGAGGCCGCCCAACACGAAGAACCAGGACAAAAUCACCUUCGAAGUGCUGAAGGACUUGGUCAUACAUCUACUGGACACGGCUAUGACCUUGAGGGUGUUUGUGGAAGUCUACCCUAAAAGCGUGAAGAUAUUGAGGAAAGCAAACUUUAUUAUUAGUAUAGUCCAGCUGUACGAGCACGGCAUCCCGCUGCUAUACGAGAAGCUACAAGAGGUCGGCGACCCCACCAGCGUGACGUCAGUAGAAGUCGAGGGAUACAUCGACGCCGCGCGCGCAGAACUCAUUGACAUAUUCAGAGAAGUGCUGGCUGUUUAUAAGAAUGACAUAUUUAGUGGCGAAGGCAACAUCCCCCUGCUAGUAGAAGAGUACCUGGCGGUCAUGCUGGAUGGUUUAUCAGAGAAGCUGCUCAUCAAGGACUACCACGCCUGCUACCCCGUGCACGACGACCUCGAGCUGCUGCGCCAGGCCUGCCCCGACAUUGAUACCGUAAAGACUGAUUUCAUCCUACAAGCAAUAUACUCAAACCUCGACGAGCCGAUACCAGAAAGUGCCCUUACAAACGGAACCAUAACCAACGGCCACGCCGAAACCACAGACAACUCGCCUGAACCGACCAGAGACAACGAAAUACCCGACAGCGUGAAAGAGGAGUCAUUGAUAAGCGAAGUGAAGGAUAUACUGCCGCAUUUGGGCGAUGGAUUCAUAUUGAAGUGUUUGAAGCAUUAUGGAUUUAAUGCAGCUAGAGUUAUUAAUAGUAUUUUAGAAGACAAUUUAGCGGAACCCUUGAGAGGUAUAGACCAAAACCUGCCAAUAAUCCCUGAAGACCCGGUCGACAAUAAGUACCUAGAAACCGGCAUCAAUCGACUGAACGUUUUCGACGGCGACGAGUUCGACAUCAUGACGCGAGACGACGUAGACCUCAGCAGAGUGCACAGAGGGAAGAAGAAAGAGAAAUAUAAGGACCUGAAGGAUCUGCUGGAUGAUAAGACCGAGGUUAAGAGGGUGGCGGACAUUUAUAGCAAAUACAACAUGGUGUGCGACGAACAAGCAAUGUACUCAGAUGAGUACGACGAUACAUACGACUCGGACGGCGUGGCAGCGGCCGACGCUGGUGACGACACACGAAGGCCCUUCGUCACGCCACGCGCUCUGCAGCAGUCACAGCGGAGGGAGGCCGAAGAGGAAUCGGAAGAAGAAUCCGAACCGAAUAUCGAGCAGCCGGGCAGCAGUAAUAGGAACAAACUGGACUUCUGCGUCAACCCUGAAGAGAUCCGCGCGCGGAGAGAAGCGAGCUAUAACGCGCGGCGCGGGCGCGGACACCGACCUCCGCCGGCUAAGAACAUGGACGUAACAGGCAAACCCAAAGGCCAGGGGCAAGAGAAAGACGUCCUCCACAACAGAGACAAGAAAGAGAAGCACAAGUCCUCGCGCGGAAACCACAACCGCCGUCAGGGCGCACAGUGGAAGCGGGGACAGGGCUUACUACCCUCAUAAUAAAGGAAAGUACGAGGGAAGCUAUCAACCGACGACUUGUGUGGAACUAAAAUCAGAGUAAAUACAAAUGAGUAGGUCAUCUUCAUAGAAACGCACGGGCGCGGUUUGUAUGUGAGCGCGCCAAUACGUAUGCGGCGCGCACGCACACUGACAAAAUUUAGCGUGGAUUAGCGGGGUGUUGC